GGAGGAAGCCCGGCGCUGGCACCGGGAGGGUGCCCGCUCGGGGCCGUCCGGGCGCUGUCCGCUCCGCAGGUGCUGAACGGGCGGCUCCGAGCCCCGGCGCCGAGCUGCAGCCAUGGCCGCGCUCCUCCGCCGCGUGUUAUUAAUGUACUUCAUAAAUACUGCUACUGCCCAAACUACUGACUGUCUGCACUUCAGUAAGCAAUGUAUAAAUAUUGCAAAUGGAUGUGAGAGUGUCUGGAGUAUUGUUGAAGAUGUCUGCAAUAUUUCAGGUAAUAGAUGCAAGGCAGAAGACACUAGUGGCUGUAAUAGAAUCAUCCAGGUCCUGGCUGACGAAUACCCAGAAUUUAAGAACUGUGUCUGCACUACAGAUGAUUCCUGUAGCGUCACAGCUUUGCUUGGGAAACAAUGCGGUACUGACAAAGAGUAUUUGAAAACUUCCUCAAAAUCUGAUGCUGAGCUGAAUUUUAGGCAAGACAGAAACCACCAAAACCAAAGACACACAGAUGAAAUAGGGAAUGACUGCAGCAUUGCAAAACAACGCUGUCAAGAAGACCCAUACUGUUUUUUAGUGUAUAAGAGCUUCCAGCGAGCAUGCCAGGCAGAGGCAGAAGAAUGCAGGCACCCAACAGGUGGCCAGGAAUGUUUGUCAGCAUGGAAAGAACUGAAGAAAACAGUGCUAGGAGAGUGCAAGUGCUCAGAGCCAGUUCAAAUUAGAUGCCUUAAAAUAUGGAAGGGAAUAUUUGACAACCCUUGUUUACAAUACUCUCAAGAGAACCAAGUUUCAGCAGCUAAUGAAAAUGAUGUUGAAGAUGAUGAUGAUGAUGAUAAAAGUCAGGACACUGACACAGAAAAUAUUAGUAUGGAAACAAAAUUACAGUGGAGUUUAUCUGCUCUCUCCAAAAAAGCACACACAGCAAACAGAACCUGUUUGGAUGUGAACAAGGACUGUGUUGAAGACGAAGUAUGUAACAAACAGUUGUCCCUGUACCUUAAGGUCUGCUCAGUAAGUAAGAAGUGCAACACGGAAGAAUGUCAAGCAGCCAUCAGGUUCUUCUAUCACAACAUGCCUUUGGAAGUUGCCCAAAUGAUGAUAUUUUGUGAUUGUAUCCAGCCUGAUGAAUCCUGCCACAGAGCCAAAGAACUUCUUCAUGGCAAGCUCUGUGCAGUUACUGCAGUUCCCCACCCAUCAUGCCUAAAUGUAAUUCACAUGUGUGAGGAAAAUGAAUUCUGCAGGAAAAAAUAUAAAACUUUUCAGUCAAAAUGUUGGAGACAUGUGACCAAAAAAUGCUAUGAUGAUGAAGCUUGUCUUGAAACUUUAAUUAAGGAUGACAUGCCCUGUUCUGCAAAUGCUGAGUGCAAAGCAGCCUACAUUAGCAACUGGGGCACAAUGCUGCAUGUGGAGUGCACCUGCCAGAAUUCACCUCCAGCAGAACAGCCACUGUGCAAGCUCUUCCAUCAUAUGCUUCAUAGCACAACCUGCUUCAGUGAGCUACGUCAAAUUUCAAUUAAGAAGAAAGGUUUUCAUUGGGUGAAUACAGAAGUACCAGGAGAAAAGCUUUCCAGAGCACAGCUACAUUCUUCUUCAAUGAAUGACCCUGCAGAACAAAACAUGAGUCAAGAAGUCCCUCGCCAGACCAUUCUUCUGAAACAUUUAUGGUCCAUUAUAAAAGUCACAGAUGAACUACUCCAUUGCUCAUGCUUUUUAAGGCUAUUCUUGAAAGCCAGCCUGUUGUACAUAUGCGAUAAUAAAAUAUAUAUCAGAAAACCUACGAUAAAUUAUGGAAUUUUGUAGUUGAGCAUACAAAAGAUUUUUAUAUUUAUUAACACAUAUUAAAACUUUCACAAGCAUUAAAAAAAAAAAAAAAAGUACUCUCUACUCUCUUUCAUUUGUGUAGAUUCACAGAUCUGUCCUGAGUUGCACAUUUACUAUAUCUGUAGACUCACAUGACAGGUAUAAAUGCUGUAUUGGCAUGCAUCUGGCCUUUCAACAUGCCUAGCAGUGGCAAACUUUGAAAGCCAUCCUGGGGAUCUGGAUUCAUCUGACAGAAAGGAAAAAAAAGAAUUCACUUGGAUACAUUUCAGAGAGCAGUGAUGAAAGAAAGCACAUAUGUGGGAGUUUUGUACACAAGGUUGCUCUACAAGUACCUAAUGGGGUAUUUGUGAGGUAGUAUGUACAGGUAGGCUGCCUGUAGUUUGAUGUCAGAGCACUUUGUGUGGUACAGGGAGAGAUCACGAUUACAGCCACUCUCAGUAUGUAGGGGAAUUAAAUUCUGACUACCCAGGCUUUUGUCUUGACCAGUAUGUUGUUGUUGAAACUGGUUAUUCUUUCUCCUCUGAGAUGCUUCUGAAAGAAACGAGUGAGCCUUGUCAAUGUGAAAACCACCAUUUUAGACAAUGUUCUGUGGUAUGAAUGCCCAGUGGAGAAAAAAAAAAAAAAAACUUGUUUGGGGCUGAAACAAAGUUCUCAAGAGAGAACAUACAACCCCUCUCAUCAUCUCUGUUUCCUAUUCAUUGUCUCUAGGCAGUACCUGAAGUGCCCUAUUCUCCCCAUGCACUGUACUGGGAGUCACGGGCGCUAACCCACCACUCUGGAUCCCACUUUGUGGCAAUGAGUUCUGGAUUUCUCCCUAUAGCUGAGUUGCUUUUCUAGAUUUAAGCUUCUAUUUAUUAGUGAUUGGUUGUCUUUGUUCAAUCUUUGUAAUGAUCAGGUUCUGGUCGGCACACAGUAAUGGACUGGUAUUUGUUAUACUACGAUUACCAUAAGCAGCGUAUGUAUUAACCAGUUAUGAUAGCAUCUGAUUAAUUAAUUUGAUUUUGAAUUUGAUUAGUUUGAUUUUUUUCUGACUUCCUGCUAAAUGUAACUCACAUAACAAAUAGUAUCAGGAAUGAAAUAGUGGUGACACUGAACUCAGUUCCAGUUUUGACCACGAUUGAUUGAGAACAAAGGCACAAAAUUUAGAAAUUCAAAUUUCUGACAUAAGAAGAGCAAGAAUCUUUGGUGUGCAGUUAUAUUGGAUAGAGUUUUAGAGAUUUUAAACAAUUAUUACACUAGACAUUUUCUCUUUCUUUAGGAUUUGCACAAAGCCAAAAUAAAAAUAAAAAUAAAAAUAAAAACAAAAACAAAAAUAAAAAUAAAUCCUUAUUUUGCAAUUAAAUGCUAUCUCAUUACUAAAUCACCCUUGGACAAAAUACAACAGAAACAAAAAGUGGAAAUUUGGGUAGUUCGCUAAUCAGAAGGAUCUUCUGUAUCAGUAUAGCAAUUUGCAGAGUUUAGUAUAUCUAUGUAGGUAUUUUGAGAGUAGUGUAUUAAUAUUCUUAAUCUUCAAACUGUUAAGAGGAAAAAGUUCAAAUUUAUGAGAUUAGCAUUGAGAAUCCGUUUAUCAGUGUUGGAUAAAAUAAUUUCUUUAUACAGGAAAUAUGAAGUGAACCCUGUGUUGUUCAGUCUGACUUUAAAAAACAAUGCUGCACUGCUCAACCAUCUGUGUCUCAAAAUGCGAAGAAAUCCAUUUAUAUUCAGGUUUAACUAAACCUCAGUCACAAAAACAUCUCUUGUAACUUUCUGUCUUAUAAACCUUUCAUUUUCUAAUUAGCUUGUAUCUGGAUAUUGAUGUUAGGAACUCUCUUCAUAUGUGUGCUUAAAAACACACAUUUAAACACACAAAAGAUGUAUUUGAAACUGGGGUUAUGUAUGUGAGUUAUUUUAAAGACAGCAAAAUAUUUAGCUGAAAUUGUAUUACUUGUGCAACUUUACAGGCUCUUUUCAUUAGGGCUAACUUUAGUGCUCAAUGGAAAAGUAAAGUUCCUCCAUUACAUAUGUAAAAUGUACCUGUAUCACAAUUCUUUUGAUUUAUAUUUCAUAGUGCCACUGUAUUCUGUCAAUUGUAUCCAGUCAUUAAUUAUUAAAUAAAGGAAUCUCUGCUGUGAUGAUCUGUA